AUGUCUGACUAUUCUACUAUCGAAACGACACUGGCUUCUAUAUCCGCUAGCUCCCAGACCAUCGACCUUCUUCGGAACCUUCACAAGCAAGCUCUCGAUGAGCCAGCCUAUGUCAGCACAGAUGGACCGGCCUCUACCGCCCUUGAUAAGUUUGUUGCCUUGGACCCUGACAAGUGCGCCUUUGUCUACCUCCUGCUGCGAUCUAUGAAGGCGCGAUUUGUGGUUGAAGCGGGAACGUCUUUUGGUGUGAGCACCAUCUACCUCGCUCUAGCAGUUGCACAGAAUGCCGGUUCAGGUUCGGGAAGGGUAAUCGCCACUGAGAAUGAGCCUGCCAAGGCUGAUCGGGCUCGCAAGCACUGGAGUCAGGCGGGUGAUGAUAUUCAAAAGUUUAUUGAAUUACGAGAGGGAGAUUUGCGAGAAACCCUCAGGACAGAUUUGCCAGAGCAAGUAGAUUUUCUCCUUCUUGAUAUUUGGACCCCUCUGGCUCUGCCUACACUCAAGCUCGUCCAGCCGCGCAUGAAACAAGGUGCUACGGUUGUAGUCGAUAACACCGAGGCUGCCAAGGCUGGUUAUAAGGACUUGAUAGCUUACUUAGAUGAAACUGUUAAUGGUUUCAAGAUGUCGACCGUACCAUACUCUGGAGGUCUUUUAGUUGCUGUAUACAUGGGAAACUAG